AUGCAGAUGCGUCAUGAGCCGCGGAAGGCAGUGCCCAGUCUUGAGCUCAACGCGUCGCGUCGUGACGACGGUGGACGAAAUUGCGGUCUGAGGAAAACGCGGUGGCGUGAUGAGGCUGAUCAGGAGAAGCGUGGGGUGGGGAGGAGGGUUGAGUCAACGUUGGAGAGUGCUAGAGGCGGCAAAAGUCUCCUGCGGCGAAUCAUGGCAUGGAUGGACGCAGCGCAACUAAAAUUGCGCGUGUGUCGUGAUGGACGGGCGGCGUUGAGCAGUCGUUGUAUCUCCCGCGGCCUGCUCGUCCUCGUCGUUGCAGCCAGAUGCGCCGGGUCUGAAAUUGUUUCUGGCAUUAUUGCGACAGGAAAGGGCGGAGGGCAGAUCGGAGCCAAUCAAAUCCCUCGUCGACACAAUCUGGCCAUCCCUGUGUGCAUGCAUGGGAGUCCAGCCGGCCUCCUCGUAUUGCCUGGACUGCUGGUCCAUGUAUCAUUGCCUCACCAACCUACUCCCAUGCCAAGAGCGGUCGUGAGGGUGCAGGGCGCGCAACAACGGACCUACUGGACGCUGGACAGCGAAGGACCUGAGGACGAGAAUCUGCCGACGUACACGCCGCGAGCAGAGCAAGAGGAGGAUCGUAGUCGUGGUAGUGUCACGAUGCAGGGCAAUGGCCAGUACUUCGACCCGCGCCAUGAGCCGCCCUUGCCACGAUAUGAGAGCUACGAUGGGAGUGGCUACGGCAGUCCGGACUCCAGCCAGAGGAGCUCGCUGCAAUAUAGCAAGCAAUCCGCUCCCGCCGUCCACCAGACGAAUGCGCUCUACAACGAUUUCGCUUUCGAUGCCACUUUUCCACAGCCACCACAAGGCGGCCAGCAACAGCAAAGACGCAUGCAUGGGAAUGGGCAUAAUCCCUUCGACGAUAUCAAAUUCGGUCUCGACCAAGUGCACGCGCAUAAUAUUUCCUUGAAUACGAAGAUACACACGCAAAGCCAGGACAUAGUUGGACGGCAUUUGUUAUAUGAGACGGCAUUAUUGGAUACGCAGUCAUACGAAAUUCUGAGCAUCGAUGACGUGGAUGAGUUGAAAAAGGAGCAUGUGCGCCUGAACUCAAGGAUAGAGGCCGCAAAUCGCAAGCUUGUGCUUGAGAGCAAAGUCAAAGAUGCUGCACAAAGUCUUCAGAAGCUCUACAAGCGGCCAGACACUCCUCAAAGCCCAGACAGUCCACACAAAGACCGGAAUAGUCUUCUGGGCAAUCGGCGAAGGGCUGAAACAGCUUCCAGCCAAGAUGCACAGCAUCAAGCUGAAGAUGAGCUCACGUUGGCAAUCAAGAAGGUCGACGAGCUGAACAGCCAGAUCAAAGAGCUGAUGGACAGGAGGCUGGUCGUCGAAAGGAAACUUUUGAGACACACCGCUGCUGUGCUUGCAGAACAAGCGAGUCAGCGCAGCGAGACCCCAAACACGGCCCUCACCAACAAUAUCAUCGAUGACGAUGAUGCGAUUGCCUUUGGACCUGACGACUUUGACGGAAUCCGCGAUAUCCUCAAAGGGAGACCGCUGCCCACAAUCAAGCCAGAGGAGCUAGAAAAGAUGCAGGAAGGCCACGAGAGGCAAGUGGCCAACCUCAAAGGCCAGCUACAGUUCUACCAGGAUACGCGAGAAGAGCAUGAGCAGCAGCUUGUAAGCAUGAGAGAACAGCUUCAGACGCAACAAGAACAAACCGUGACAGCUAUACGUCAGAGGUCCGAGCAGCAGCUUGCGAGUAUGCAGAAACGACUUGAAUCACUGAACUCACAGCUUCGAACUAUCAUCACGGAAGCUGCGCGGACACGAGGUCAAGAACCAGAGCCGCAGCCUCCGAUACAGCAAAGUGACAACAUCGAAAGCAAUCUCGAUAAUACCUUCAUUCUACUCGAGAACAACAUGCAAAUCAUGGAGCAGGAGCAUGAGAAGACGAGAGGCCAUUACAAGAAUGUUCAAGACAGUGCGUACAUCACGCGUAACACGGUCGAGGAACAGCUGGAGGGAUUGAACAACAAUCUGUUCAAGACUUUGCAAGCUUCGGCUGGCAUGCACGCUGUAACCGAGCUGCAUCAGCCGCCAGAGAUCAGCGGGCAUGGCUAUCAGCACCAGCUGCAGUAUCUCGAACAGGCUCUUCACAUGGCAGAUCAAUUGCUGCAGGAGCAUAAGGGCGAAUUGCAUGCUGCUAAGGAAGCGUCGAGAAGUGCAGAAGAAGCACAGGAGACUGCGAGGAAGCUCACCCAGAAAUCAGUCGAAUACGAGACAGUGCUUGCCGGCCUAUGGGAGAUCGUCAACUCGUCCGAUGCAAAGUGGAACGGCCUCGAACCUCGCGCAAAUAUCGAUGUGCGUGGCAGCAGCGCCAGAAGCUCGGUAUCGCAAUACUCGCCUGUCUCGCCAAUUCGGGAAGACUUCUCGUUGCAGGCUUUCAGCUCCCGCGUCCAGCAUCUUUUUGAUGUCGCGAAUGGAGCAAAGGAGCAGCAGGACAUUCUACGUCGACAGAUUCAGCAACAGCGAGACUUGAACGGCAAGUCUGACAUGGAGAAGGACACGCAGAUCGAAGAGCUGCAAGCUCGGUACGAGGCGUUGAACAUGUCAUACGAUGCUACCCAGCAGGACCUUGCGAAAAUGAUGGCUGGCCACGAGCAAUCCCAAGCGGAGGCACUGGAGUCUCGUAACGAAAUGCAGAAGGUGAUGGAAGAGUUGGACCACCUUCACAAGACAAUCGAUGAGACCAAGGCGCGAUCAAAGGAAGUGGACGAACGCCACCGUCAAUUGAUUACUGAGAAGAACCAGCUUUCUGCUGAACGCGACGCUGCGCACGAGGAGCUCGAUGGUGUGCGGAAAGAGCUCGAGAAUCUUGAGUCAGAGGUCGUGCGACUCACCACCGAGCUGACCAUGGCCAAAGCAGAAUUGGAGGGCGCAUACGGCUCCCGCUCUGAGAGGAAGAAGGAAGCUGGUGUUCAAGAGAAGGAGAUGGAAGCUCUCGCCACUCUCAAAGAUCAAGAAAUUGCUCAGCUCCGUCGGGAACAUGCAGAGAAGACAAGACUGCUUGAACAAGAAUUGCAAGACAUGAUGAACGAAUUCCAGGAAAUGACAAGAGAGUCUCUGGAAUUGGAGAAGGAACGCGGGCAACUCGAAGGCUUGAUUGACAGCCUCAGGGAGAGAGCCGAACAGCUCGAGACUCAACUCAGCGAUGAAAAGGCCAAGUGGAUGGGUAUCAAGAGCCCAGGUGAAGAUGGCGGUAAGAAGGAAAGCACUAGCGUCGCGGUGCUGAGACAAGAGUUCAAAAAGAUGAUGAGAGAGAAUCGCGCUGAAGGUGUGCGGCUACUCAAGAUCGAGCAAGAGGAGCGCCGUCGCCUUGAGACCGAGAUCCGCAAGAUCAGGCAGGCCACAUCCCCACUGGGCCGUCGGCCUGGUCAUCUCGCGACCAACAGUCUCGCCCAAAGCCAUGCUCGACUUGGCAGCGUAGCCUCAUCCAGUGGCGGCGCGCCAACAAUCAACGGACAUUUGCAAGGUUGAUCUCUACUGCAUCCUUGCAGUGUCAAAAUAUUUGUGAAACUCACGUGCAUAAUGCAACUUCUGCUAAUUCGCACUGUAUAUUAUUAGUUUACUCUUUUUUAUCUGCGGCGUCAUCAAACAGGAAGUGCCCAUUUGGAUCGGGCACGACGGAGAUGGAAGUUUCAUUCCUGUCCGCAACCAGUGGAGGAAAGCCCGCUACGUAUAGAGGCAGAAGACGCAUUACCGCAUCUUCCACCAGGCCUUGCUUGUGUUGCGAGCAUUGUGCUUUUUGUGAUUGCGGACUUUGGUGUUGAAAUGCAUCGGCACGAGCAAGACUUGGGAUUGGCAUUUUGAGUUGGAUUCGAUUCUGCACCAGGCAAAAGGCAUUAGGACGUCAACAGGACGCAUAAAUAAAGGCAUUUGAGGCGGAAUGGAUAAACAAGACGCGCCUUUCCCAGGCGAAGAAGAAGUUUAAGGCGCAUGAUAGGGACCAACCAGGGAUGUUAAUUUAUGUUUGAAGGAUUUUAUGUCCGAACGGGAUGAGGGUAAAUACGUCUGAAGAAUACAAGCACGAGAGUGUGCGACAGGG